AUGGAUAUGUGGUCGUCAGUUAAAAUAGAUGAAUUACUUCCUCCUUUAUACAAGAAAGGACAUGAAAGGCCCAAGAAGCUAAGAUUCAGGGAACUAGGUGAGGGAGGUUCAAGAAUGAGGAGAGUUGGAGUUACCUAUAGAUGCACUAAGUGUGACAAAAUUGGUCAUAACUCAAGAAAGUGUAAGGUUACAAUUCAGAAUCUAGAUGCUUUAAAAAUAAAGAUGAAGGCUCCUAGGAAAAAGUAUGGAGUAGCACCAGUUGUUGACCAAGGAGAUGCACCAAAUGCUGAACAAGGAGAUGCAUCAGUUGUUAACCAAUUAGAUGUACCAGUUGCUGACCAAGAAGAUGCACCAGUUGCUCAGCAAGGAGAUGUACCAGUUGCUGAAGCACAAAUUUAUGACACUACUGCAAUUCCAAAGGAGAUGAAUAAGCUCAAGGGCAAGAAAAAAAGUGAAACUUGUUGA